CCAUCAUUAGAAAUUUUCAAUUUGCACCCUAAAAUCAUGAAAGAUCUUUCUAAGGAAGAUUUUGAAAAGCCUAUUAACAAUAUAAACAGCACGUAUUGUGAAUUGUUAGACAACUUUAAGGAGCAAUCAAUUCUGUGGUUCGACCUUUGGAAAAACACGGAGAUAGAUGCCAAAGCCUUGGAAAAACUGAACUUAAUAGAGGUUCUUGAGCAUGAGCAUGCCUGCUUUUUGCCGUCAGUAGCAAAAGCCAUCCAAAUAGCUCUUUGUCUGCCACCAACAACUUGCACCAUCGAGCGAUCAUUCAGCACUCUCAAACGUGUGAAGACCUGGAUAAGGAAUACGAUGUCGAACAAUCGUCUAAGUGGGCUAUGCCUGUUAUCUGUACACAGAAGAAAAAUAAAAGAAAAUAUAGAAAACUUCAUGCAGAAAGUAAUUGAUUUAUUUGCGAUGGACACCAGAAGAAUUCAAUUAUUAUUUAAGUAACAU